AUGGCGAAGAAAAGUAAACUGCUAGCCGCGCUGGACGCACACAAGGGCCGCGACUACGAGGCGGAGAAAAGAAAAGCACAAGUGAAAGCGGCCGAGAAACGGAAGAGGCAGAAACUCGACACUCCGGAGCGCGUUGAGAAAGAAGACGAUAUGAUAGAGAACAACGACCAGGAGUCACACCCGUCAGAGGAGGCGCUCCAGAAGGACGACUUUGCCGACUUUGACGAAGACGAGAACGCAGCUAUAGACGCCAAAGCCAACACCACAAUCCCACAACCAGCAGAGACGGCCGCCUCGGCGUCUGAAGCAGAAGAAAACGACUCCGACGUCCCCGUAUCAGACCUCGACGACUCGGACCUCGAAGACACAGUCCCCUACCAAAAGAUGACCAUCAACAACGGUCCGGCGCUGCUCGCCUCGCGAACCCGCAUCGCCGUCGUGAAGAACCCCAAAACCACACCUUUCCACCACCACAACUCCCUCACCUCCUCCCUCGCCCCUGCGAGCGAAUCCAUCCCCGACCCCAAUGACGAUUUGACCCGCGAACUCGAGUUCUACCGCAUCGCCCGCACGGCGGUGCUCUCGGCGCGCGAGAAACUCGAAUCCGAAGGCAUCCCAUUCACCCGUCCGGCCGACUAUUUCGCCGAGAUGGUCAAGACGGACGAGCACAUGGGGCGGGUCAAGCAGAAGAUGUACGACGAGGCGGCGGGCAAGAAGGCCGCCGAGGAGGCGCGGAAAUUGAGGGAUGCCCGCAAGUUCGGCAAGGCCGUCCAGGUCGCCAAGGAGCAGGAACGGGCCAAGGAGAAGAAAACCACGCUGGACAGGAUCAAGGAGCUGAAGAGGAAACGAAGAGGCGCCGACACGGGAAAAGUCGCCGAGGGAAAUGUCGACGACGAUCUCUUUCAGAGGGUCGAUGUCGAGAAGGCCGGUGCCAAGGACCGCUCCGGUCGCGAGCGGGGACCCGGGUUCAAUGCGAAGAGGCAGAAGCGCGAUCAAAAGUACGGGUUUGGAGGCAAGAAGCGGCAUUCCAAGAGCGGUGACGCCGCCAGCAGUUCCGACAUGCGUGGGUUUUCGGCGGCGAGGAUGAAAGGAAAGGGAGGAAACAAGGUGAAGGCGAAAAGACCGGGCAAGAGCAGGAGGUCGUCGGCCGCUCGGUGA